GGUCGUGUACACGAGACCAAGACCAUCCUAGAUCUGACCAUCUUGUCCCUACUAUAAAACGCCGUCUUUCCUGUGUCACGCCAGUGCAAGCCCAGCAGACGUUAGGGACAGAGCCAAACCACGGCUCCAGCAGACGAUAAGUGGGCACUGAUUGGAAAUAAAAAAACGAUUGGAUGAAAUAUCGUCUGCCGUGAGUUCUUCAACCGUCUAACACCAGCCGUCUGGUUAGCCAGAAUAGGAAAUCAACGACUGCAAUCGGAGUUGAAGUGGGAAACACUUCAAGACGAUUUAUCCACUACUGGUUUCAACUUGGAUUGACCUUUGGAGUGGUGUUGCUGUGAAUAUUUCUCGAACUUUCGAACUUUCGUCGAAGAGUAUUUGAGACAAGUUGACCUUAGCGUCCUGCUGCUGAACUUUUGGAAAGAGACAGAAAGUGAUUGGCUACUGCACUACUGCACUGCUAUCUUGCACCUUACUGGCUGAAUCUGCUUCCCACGCACUGCUCCAAGUGCUAGUUUAGCCUCACCCCCGCAUCUGCUCAAAACUUCAAAAUAGCUUCAAAAUUCAAGAAGCCCGGGAGUCAGCUGGGCACGUGCAGCAUGAUGAGUCGUUUGCGUGAAAAGUGCAUCGUCAUCUUCAUCAUCCUCACUGUCAUCGGCGUUGUCCAGUUGAGUCUGAUCGUGAGGAAGCGGCGUGCACAGUCCCCCAACCCUUGUCGCCGAGUCUAUGGCGUCCAGUGGGUCCGCGACCCAGACACAUGUCACCGCUACUACAUCUGUGUAGCCGGGCGCUCAGUCCAGAUGCCGCCAUGUCCUCGCAACUACGUCUGGUCCGUCUCCGGCAGGAACUGCGUCCCCGACAACUCCCGCUGGAACGACUGCAACAUCACCAGCUCCUCAAAUGCCUCCACAGAAGCAGCCAGCUUCACAAUGAACGGCAGACGUGGGUUUGCCGCGGUGUCCGACCGGAUGGACGCGCUCGUGCGUAUCCCCAGCCCAGAGGAUAAGCGACAGGAAGCCAUUAGACGCGUGUACCCGAACCACCCGUGCGUGUUCACCAAACAGGAGACGCUGCUUCCCCACCCCGAGUACUGCCACUGGUACUUCAACUGCUCCCUCAUCCCCCGGGAGGAGGACUGGGCGUACCUUGAGCCCCUCACCCAGGAGUGUCCCUACCCCAACCUCUUCUCCAUCAGCACCAGGGAGUGCACCCACUUCAGGGAGGUGGACUGUGGCGCCAGGAAGGUCCUUCAAGCACCAUGCGAGUACCGGAUGAACCAAUGCCACCAGAGCCCGUGCCUCCCCUGCCCCGUCCGCCACGGCAGUUGUGUGGGGCUGGAGGACGGAAACCACCCAUUCCCAGAUCGCGAGUGGACCCCUAAAUACCUCGUCUGUGAGUCCAACAGAACGGUGGACCAGAAGGACUGCCCUGAAGACACGCCCAUCUUCUCCCCUGGCACGAGAAAAUGCGAGAGGUUGAUGGACAUACCGAAACAAAAUGGCGGCACCCAACCAUCUUGUAUCGGACGUCACAAUGGUUACUACCCAGAUGAGACAGGCCGAUGUGACGCCUACUUCAGAUGCACCGAAGGGAAGUUUGCCGAACACGGUACAUGCGGAGAAGGGGAGGUGUUUGACCCGAUCCACCAGAGAUGUGCUUUUGACACGGCUACAGCGCCAUGUGGCAACACAACCAUUGACUUCUGCCACGGGGUACAAGAUGGCUUCUAUGCUGACCCCUUCGGCCGCUGCACCAUGUACCACCACUGCAAACACGGCCAGAUGAUGGGGUACAUGCGCUGCCCGUACGGUUCCUUCAGUCCAGCAAAGGGUAAAUGCAAAUUCUCCCUUCAAAUCCCAGCCCCGUGCGGAGAUGAACCCAACAUCUGCUUCAACAAAAGGGAUGGCAACUACGCCGACGUGAGGAACCACUGCAUGUCCUACUACCGCUGCCAUCGAAACUUCGUCGUGCAUAUCGACGAAUGUCGGAACGGCCUCGUCUUCAACCACGUCACUGGAAAAUGCGACGUUGUCAACAACACCCCUCCCCCCUGCGGCCUUGCUCCGUCUUGUCUGGGAAAACUUGACGGGGCCUACCCUGCCCCACUGAGGGGGUGCCAGUACUACUACGCGUGCGAGAACGAGAUGUUCAGGGGCUACGGCAAGUGUUCGUUACGACAGGGCGGUUUCUACUUCAACCCAACGACCAGAGAGUGCGAUUUCCCAACCAAUAUCUGUUCACCUUGCGGGGUCAAAAGAAGUAACUGUACGUUGUUACAGUUGGCGUGACGUCGUCCCUCGUCCGGCUUCCUCUGCCAAACCAUCCCAAUAAAACUCAUGCAGUACAACUGUUUUUUGUUAUUUAAACAGUUUGGUAUAAGUGUAAGGCCAGUCGCAAAUACCUUCUCGAAUAUCCUGCAUAUGGAUUAAAGGAGGCCAACACUAGCACCCUAGAGUGUUCAUCAUGUGUAUUAACGGACAAACUUGUGUUACCCAUUCGGAACUUACAUAUCUUUUCACAACUCUGAAGUAAUUAGAGUACCUGAUAAUCAACCACGACAGACAUACGUUGGAAGAAAGCUCCUGAAGUAUUUAAAUGAAAAGGCACAGACCAAACAAACCAAGACAUGGGCUGUUGAAAGAAGCUACGAGAUGCCCUGUGUUCCAAACUCGUGUGACACUCAAUCAGAACGUACUUAUGGAUCUUGUCAUAUCUCUAAUGCAGACACAAGUUGUUCCAGUCGUUAAUGGACUUUGAUCGGUCCUGUAGACACUUCACAAGAAAUGACUUAUCACAAGACAACGUUAUUUGUACAGAAUGUGUACGUACCAUCUGAUCAGUGAGUGAAACAGAAGAGAUGACGGUCCGUAGCAAGCCUUGUACAGAAAUGUGUACAGUAAAGCGGUGCUAUGCAUUUGUACAUUGUGUACCUCAUGUGAUACUGUAGUGUAGUGUAUAUACCUGCAUGUCAAGGGCUGUACACCUGGCCCAGGUAAAGCGUUGAUGUGAUACUCCUCCCACUACUGCCCUUGGCGGUGACCCAGCUGACGUUAUUCCCACACUCUCUCUGCUACAAGAUUCCCCACCCCCGCUCCACGACAGUGUUCAUGUUUCGUCCAUGUUUGUAGCUUUUCAAGCCCACGCUGAUGCAACUGAAUGUAUAUAAAUGUGCAAACUGAAUAAAAACGUUGCCACAA